UCAGACGCUAGCACUGCGUGUUCCUCGUAGCUUUAAAUCCUGCCAUGGUGUGGCAUAUGUACAAAUGCGUGCGUUCGACCUCCACUCGGCCUUUCACACAUCCCGAAGACCUCCCCGAGAAUUCUCGUUGCCAGAAUGGUGUCCACCGCGUUCAUGCCGGCGCUCAGCGCUCGUUUCUCAUCAGCUGCAGUGUUGACCUCGCACGGGCAUCGUCAGGGUUCGGGAUGGUCGAGGCCUCUGGUGGUCCGCGCGGGAAACAACAAGCCGGGACCUAACUUCAUCGACAUCGGGUCUGCAAAUCGAGAAGGAUGGGCCGAGGUCAAAAUCGUGCGCACCACCGUCGACAAACCUCGGUUGUCGCAAAAUUCGAGAGGGAGCAGAAGAUCUGCGCCCGUGAAAAAUCCCUUGCAAGCAGACGUCGCCCCUGAGCUGCAGGAGCCCAUCGUCGAGGCAACGAAACGCGGCCGCGCGGGAAAGAUUGUGACAGUGAUCAAAGGAUUACAACUGACCGACGAAACCCUAGAAUCGCUCUGCACGACUCUGAAGAACACACUUGGUGCAGGAGGAGCCGUCAAGGAUCUCAUGAUUGAAAUUCAGGGAGACCACUCAGCGAAACUGGUCGAGGCUCUGGUCGAAUUGGGAUACAAGGCCAAAAAGUCCGGGAGGUAGUGGAGAAGAGGGCACCAACACUGAAUUUAGUUUCUGCACAGUUAAUGUAGGAAGGAAAUUAGGCUUUGCGUCUCUGUAGCGUCUUUGUAAUCAAUACCAAGAUCUUUUUCUCGCAGUCAUCAGUCUGCUCAUCGAUGUUCUCUCGCUGAUUCCAGCACUUCCUCAGGUGUUUGCGCGAUUGCUGCUGACAGUACCAUCGUUUCAUCUGUUAGAUAGAAAGCCAAGACAGCUCUUCUGUACCUCAUUGAAUUCCGCUGUAUUACACGAUCCCUGAAUGAUGUACAAAUAUUUGACCGCUAGCUUGAUCGUCUGAAGUGAUCGAUACCCUUGCCUUGAUGAGUGCACUCGAGACAACGAGGCUUCAACACCCGAUUCAGUCGAACGCUGACUGGAGUAACCAGACUGUAGUCAUGUUGUUGUAGAGCUUUGGAGUUGGCAACCUCUGGCAGAGUCAGCGUUCUUCUCGACUGUGAAUUUCUCAUGGCAGUCCACGGG